CUAACCGUAUACAUACAUACAAACAUAUAUAUAUAUAUAUAUAUAUACGUACAUAUAUAUAUGUAUAUAUAUAUAUAUUUCUGAGGGUACACGAAUCCUUUGAACAAAUUCAUACGACAAACGAGAGGGAUAAACACUCAAUAUUAUAACGAAAAAGAAAUUGGUUUAUAUAUAUAUAUAUAUAUAAAUAUUAUAUCUCACGUUGGAUAUCGAAAUAUUUAUUUUGUGUCUGUCUGUUAAAUGAUAUAACAACCACAGCACAUACACACACAUACAUAUACACCACUAUUCUACUACAGUCUAUACUGUAAUUAUAUAUAUAUAUAUAUAUACAUAUAUAUAUAUAUAUAUAUAUAUAUAUGUUUAUGGUCAUACGUACGAAGCUACAUUCACGCACUUGCAAAUAUGUUUAAUUGUAUAUAUAUAUACGUGUGUGUUUGUGUAUGUUUAUGUAUGUGUUAAGAUUAUAAAUAUAUAUAUAUAUAUAUAUAUAUACAUUAGUUAACGUGAUUGCUGUGUGUAUGAGUGUUAGUGUGUAUAUGUGUAAGUUAUAAUACAUUUAUUUAUAUAUAUAUAUAUAUAUAUGCACACACACACACGCUUUUAUUUUUCUCUAAGUACACACACACAUAUAUACGUACAUGUAUAUAUGUAUUAAUUAUGUAUAAGUAUUUAAAUAGGGGUGUCUAUACGUAUAUACACAUGUAUAUAUAAUAUGGUUUUAUAUACGUAUUAUACAUGAGUAACUGUGAGUGGAAAGUGCGUGUGUGUAAUAGUAUAUUAUAUACACAACACGUUUUGACCCUCGCUAAGUACACGUACAAACGCUUACAUAUAUCCGUAUACACCCACCAACCCAUCCACACAUAUACACGUCUUUGUACAUUUAUAUAUUUAUACAUACACGCACGAGCACCAAACACGUAUAUUUAAAUGUAUACAAUAUAUAAUGAUAUUUAUAUAAACAUACAUAUAUGUCUACGCAAAUUCAUCGCUGUUAGUUAUACAAACAACAGGAAAGAGAAGAAUUAAGAAAAGAGUUCUUCUAAUUGUUUUUGUCCCUUCCACAUGCAUUUACCAGCGGACCUAAACGGUUUGCCGCCGUUCUCCUCAGAUCCUAUUAUGUCGGGAGUUGACAUGAUGUUAGGAGCUGACCACAGCAGCGUUCUCGGUGACCACCCAGGCGAACUGGUCGGUACUGGGAGUCCGAACUUUGUAUGUUCUAUCUUACCGGCCCACUGGCGAUCCAACAAGACUCUUCCAGUCGCUUUUAAAGUCGUUGCUCUCGGCGAGGUCAAGGACGGUACCAAAGUGACCAUUGCUGCCGGCAACGAUGAAAACUUUUGCGCAGAACUUCGAAACUCCGUUGCAUACAUGAAAAAUCAGGUGGCCAAAUUUAGCGAUCUACGUUUUGUUGGAAGAUCCGGUCGAGGUAAAAGCUUCAGUUUGGUAAUAUCUGUGAACACAAAUCCACCUCAGGUGUGCACCUAUCAGAAAGCCAUUAAAGUGACAGUGGACGGACCUCGUGAACCUAGAAGUAAGACGAGUAAGUUAUUACUUUUUGUGUUAUGCGUUUGUCCUUGUGCUGUCCUAUUAAGUUUUAACCUUCUAACUUUUAAUCUCAAAAACACCCAAACUUAUUCCAGAAUAACAGACAUUUUUUUUUUUUUUUCAUUGUUUCAAUGUUCAGUUGUAGAACGGCUCUUAGGUGAUGGUUCUGCCCCUGCCAGAGGCAACUCCGUGGUCGUCUUCCUGGACAGGAAGAACCCAAAAGGAAACAGCUUGCAGUUGGGUUCCUUGACUGAUCGACUGGAACGUCCUCAGCUGUUGGCACCGUCCCAUGAUCUACUUAAAGCUCAUCACCUAACGACCAUUGACCAAAAUGUCAGCCGCACAAGGUUAAAACCAAUUCCACAAGAACUACCACCUGUCUCACAACACAGCAUGACCGGUUCUGACAGAUGUAGUUUACCUGUUAUCCCUGAAACCCAGCAUCUUGACUACCCAUCUCUCGACUCAAGGUACCAAGUUGACCAGCGAUUACCGACUCUUGACUCUCGGUUACCCGUCAUGCUUCCAUCCUACCAAGGAAUCACAGACGUUCGGAUCCCUAACCCUCGUCUUGCGGAUCCUCGCUACCCUCCAGUUACAACUCAUUUGUUCCCACCCACUCACAACAUGGCCUACCCAUCGAACAGUUCAAAUUUGUCCAUUCUCGAAGAGAGCCGUGCGAUUUCCAGUCUGGCACUGCCCCCGACACACACUAACUAUCCAAUCAUUUCCCAUCGAGAGCUCUUUAAUUCGAUGACCCCAACAAACACCAUAGCAUCCCCUUACCUCAGCAGCACGUCGUUUCUUUAUCCCCACCUCUACAGUUCCGCCCCACAGUACCAGAGCAGUUUCUACAUGCCGUCUAGCGAUGUACGGAAU